GUGAUCAUUUAUCAGAUUACCAUGCAAGUCACUUUUCCCCCCUCCUUGUUCCAUUCUUCUCCCUCAUCUGUAUUCCUGAAAACAGCUGGAAAUGGUGAGGAGGAAGUUCUACCUCCCUGCAACUUACAGGUUUUUACCUACACCUGUGAUGUGGGAAAGAGAGAAAAUGUCUACCUGACAGCUGAAAGAGUCCGGAAGGAAGUUGGAGAAGUCUCAGUCCUGGUUAAUAAUGCUGGUGUGGUCUCUGGGCAUCAUCUCUUGGAAUGCCCUGAUGAGCUUAUUGAAAGAACCAUGAUGGUCAAUUGCCAUGCACAUUUUUGGACCACUAAAGCUUUUCUUCCUACAAUGCUGGAGAUAAAUCAUGGUCACAUUGUGACAGUUGCAAGUUCCCUAGGAUUGUUCAGUACUGCUGGAGUUGAGGAUUACUGUGCCAGCAAAUUUGGAGUUGUGGGUUUUCAUGAGUCCCUGAGCCAUGAGCUAAAGGCUGCUGAAAAGGAUGGAAUUAAAACAACAUUAGUUUGUCCUUACCUUGUAGAUACUGGCAUGUUCAGGGGCUGCAGAAUCAGGAAAGAAAUUGAGCCUUUUCUGCCACCUUUAAAACCAGAUUAUUGUGUGAAACAGGCCAUGAAGGCCAUCCUCACAGACCAGCCCAUGAUCUGCACCCCUCGCCUUAUGUACAUUGUCACUUUCAUGAAGAGUAUUCUACCUUUUGAAGCAGUCGUCUGCAUGUAUCGGUUCCUAGGGGCAGACAAGUGUAUGUACCCCUUCAUUGCGCAAAGAAAACAAGCUACAAACAAUAAUGAAGCUAAAAAUGGAAUUUAAGAAUCUUUUGUCCAUAUUGUCACUUGGAGCUGAAGAAGAUCAAAAUGUUUUAAGGUGAUGCACGUCAGCAUCUGCCAUGACAUUUUCUGGAUCCUAAGCCUGUGCGAACUUUUACAAUUCAAACAUGGUUUUUGGUUGUUGUUGUUUUUUUAAUAGACUGUAAAUUAAUUGACUAGAGUACUUGGAAAAUGUGAUAGGCAAAAGUGAACUUAAGUAGCUGCCAACAGUGUCCUUUAGCUAGGACAUUAAAACAGUCAAAUUUUUUUUUUUAAUAGAAAUGCAUUGUGUGCUAUCUUCAGACUAUCAUUGUUGUUGAAAAUGAAGAAAAAGUCUAGAGAUAGUAACUUUGGUGUAUUUCGGGUGUGGUUUUUAUUUUUUUCUUCAAAAUUUCUCCAGGAUUUAUAAAUUCAUGCAAUUGAGAACUCCUUCCAGCCAACUUUUUGCAAUUUAAAAGAAUGAUGGCAGUACUAUUCUCCUUACUUGUAGUCAUUAGCUCCAAUUUGCAAAGGUAAUGGCUGGGCCGUUUUCAUGUAUGCAUGUAUCUUCAGCUAUUUGAAAAAACAAUUUUUAAAUCUCCACCUAGUCAAAGCUAAAAUAAUGUUCUUAAGUAUUAUGGUAGAAAGGUGAACAGGUCUCUUCUUUUAAAAGUGUCAAUAAAUUUUCCAAGCCUAAUUCCCAAUUUUAUAUUUGAAACACUUUAUUAGGUAUCUAUCUAUCCAUCACUCUGGAGACCUAGCUCUUUAAGAAAACUUUGCAUUUUUCUACCAUUGAAUUUUGCUGCAUAAAGUGUCCUUCCCCCAGGAAGUUGCUGUAUUUAUAUUUCUUUACCUGGAUUCAUGCCUAAAGUAUGUAGCAGCUCAUCAAAGCAACAGUUUAUAUAAAAUUCCCACUUUUGUGCCAACUUCGAUUAGUAAGGGAAAAAAAAAACCUUACUCCAUGGAGUGUGAAAGGGUGUAAAGAUUCUUCAGAAGUUUUAUUCAAAUAGUAGAACAGCAGAUGACAUUUUUACAGUAUUUUUUUGUAAAGCAAACUAUUUUGUGCCUUGAAUUUGGUAUCUGUGUAUUAGUGAAACAUUGUAAAAGUGAACUUCUACCUCUGUAUCUAAAUGUGUACCAUUCACUUGUAAAUUACUAUAAACUAUUCUGUGAUUACUUUUUUAGAAUGUCUCGUUUAAAUAGUGACCAAUGUCUAUGGCUAUAAAGAGAGCCAUCUUUUAUUAAAUGAUUGGGAAGUUUUGUAAAAGACUGAUUAAAUCAAAAGAACUAACUUCCAGAUUACAGAUUGUAUGCCUGCCAAUGAUUAGCCAUGCUGUUGGGAAACACUGUCUUUUUGCACACCAA